GUCCGCCGAUGCGCGCCUUCUCACCUGCCAGGCAGGCAUCGCCGUUGCAGGUGCACAUGGUGCAGGGCGUGAGCAGGGGUAUCGUGUUCCCCGGCGCGGCGCCCGCGGCGAACCCCGCGGCCGCGCGCCCGCCGCUGCCCCCCGAGCCCUUCAAGGCUGUGCCGGUAGAGGAGUGGCAGAGAAGGAAACACUUCACACGCGCGGUGUCUCCGGCUCGCUCCCCCAUGAGACAGCCUGUGACCCAGGGCUUCGUGCGGGUGAGCAGCCCUCAGCGGGUGAGCCCGUGGGCGCAAGUGGUGGCGCGGCCGGCGCCCAUCCCCAUGGCCACGCACGUCUUCAAGCCCCGGGAGUCGGAGCGCCGGGAGGAGACUCAG